GGCAGCCAUUGAGGAGCGGCAGGUUAGUGAAGCCCAGCGCGAGUACCAUCAGCUGCCAUCUGGACUCUUGGGGCCCCAGUGCAGCUCGGGGCCAUGGCUCUGCGCUACCCCAUGGCCGUGGGCCUCAACAAGGGCCACAAGGUGACCAAGAACGUGAGCAAGCCGAGGCACAGCCGCCGCCGCGGGCGCCUCACCAAGCACACCAAGUUCGUGCGGGACAUGAUCCGGGAGGUGUGCGGCUUUGCCCCUUACGAGCGGCGGGCCAUGGAGCUGCUCAAGGUCUCGAAGGACAAGCGGGCCCUCAAGUUCAUCAAGAAAAGGGUGGGGACACACAUCCGUGCCAAGAGGAAGAGAGAGGAGCUGAGCAAUGUCCUGGCCGCCAUGAGGAAGGCGGCAGCCAAGAAGGACUGAGCCCUUCCCCUCUGUGCACAAUAAAACUUUUCCAGAAA